CUUGGAAUCAGAGCCGUGAAAGUGUUGGAGUCGGACAUUGUUGUGGUAACAGUCCAGCCCCAGAGGAUGAGCAGCGGCGGUGCGUCUAUUUUGAAGGGCUGCGUUGGAUUGUGAUUUGUUUUGUUUCUUUUGAUUUAAAACAAUGGCACGUUUGGAACAACAGCACGCCUAAGAAGGGACGAAGUGGAGAAGCUGCUGCACCACACGGACUCUGCCCUGCAGCCACCGGGGGAGUGUGUUCAUUCAGCCGAGGAGCAGAGCGCAGCGCAGCCGGAUGAGGCGAUGCCAGCGACGUAAAAAAAACCCCACAACAUCUGCAGGGUGUGCGUCCGAGGCAGCUGGAUUAAGCCUCCGUGGAUCGACCGGGGCCUUUGUAGCACGACAAACCCCCCACAAGGCGACCGGAUCCUGCUCGAGGAGGUAAAACAAGGACAGUAGUAUUCCUGGAGGCCUGCUGGAGAACGCAGCCUGCUGUUGAGAGGAUGACAGAUUGACAUUAAUGAGGGUUCGUGGUGCGUUUUCAUCCGCGACCUCAUUAAGAGCAGACACUGGCUUCUGCGUAAAACAGCACAGAGGCAGCGGCGCAGUGAAGAGAAGCAUCUGAAGAGAGAAAUCACAUGUUUCUGCCUGGGUCUGGCCUCCGGUGCUGCAAGGGAUCGCAUAUAGGCUACAUGCCAUCCACCAAACACCGCCUGGAGAUGAAGAGGAGGAUGUGGUGAUGAAGACUGAGCAGUGAGGCAUCGCCAUCUCAUCGCUUUUUAUAGAUUCUCAGGUACCAUCUGUAGGUGUAGGUUUUUUUAUUCAUAGAAAAUGGGCAGCGAGGGUGAGAUAAUAAACAGAGAGCUGUCAAAGAUGUCUGACGAGGAAUUGCUGGCGUGCUCCAAAGAGGAGCUGGUGAGCCGGCUGCGUAAAGAGGAGUCCGAGAAAAUCUCAGCGCUCAUCCAGCGAGGCCGGCUGAUCAAGGAGGUAAAUAAACAGCUGCAGGGACACCUCCUGGAGAUCAGGGAACUGAAAGUCAUCAACCAGCGGCUGCAGGAGGAGAACGUGGAGCUGCGGGACCUGUGCUGCUUCCUGGACGACGACCGGCUCAAGGUGAAGAAGCUGGCCCGGGAGUGGCAGCUGUUCGGGCACCACGCCGCCAAGGUGAUGCGGGAGGACCUGGGCGGUUACUUGAAGAAGCUCGCCGACCUGGAGCGCAUGCAGGACGGCCUGGUGAAGGAGAACCUGGACCUGAAGGAGCUGUGCCUGGUGCUGGAGGAGGAGUGCGUCAGCAGGAGCGACUCCAGCCCCGGCGGCUCCACCGAGCUCAACCUGCCCUGCAUGGUGGCCCGGGACCUGGGGGACGGGAGCUCGAGCACGGGCAGCGUGGGGAGCCCGGACCAGCUUCACCUGGUGUGCUCACCGGAUGACUGACGACGGAUGUGUCACACAGACAGAAGCUUUGCCAGACAAUACAAAGUCAAUUGGUGCAAAAAGCAUUAGGGCCUCCUGGAUGCUGCAGAAAAGUGAUAUGUGUGCCACUGGACAAAGAUUCUUCACUAGAGACAUUUUUAGGACUUUACAAAGACAUUUAAUAGAUGUUUGCCAGAUGAUAAUGUAUCUAAAUUUUACAGUGUUUUUCUAAAGACAUGUCUGUUUG